AUGGAUUUCGAAUCAAAUUACGAUAUUGCCGCCACUGCCGAAUUCAUUCGCACUCACAAAUUCACCAGAGUUGCUUUACAAUUUCCUGAUGAUCUUCUAAAGGAUUCAACAAGACUUGUCCGUGUUCUGCGAAAGAAGCUUCAUUCGUUGCGAGAAUCGGAUGCUACAGACAUUGGAUUGUAUGUCAUGGCUGAUACAGCCUAUGGCAGUUGCUGUGUUGAUGAAGUUGGAGCAUCACACAUUAAUGCUGACUGUGUCCUACAUUAUGGACAUACGUGUUUUAGCCCGACAACUAGUCUACCGGCUUUUUUUGUUUUUGGUAAGGCUUCCAUUGGCAUAGCUGAUUGUGUUGAAAGUGUGGCACAGUAUGCGCUGGAAAAUAACAAGCCUAUCAUGGUUCUUUUUGGGCUGGAGUAUGCACAUUCAAUACAACAGAUUAGAACAGCGCUGUUAGAAUCAUCAACAUCUUGCAGAUCUGACAUAAGCUUUGCUGAUGUUCCAUCUCCAUAUAUGUUUCCAUCAAAAGAUACUAAGAAAUUAAAUGGGCACCAAGAAGCAGUUUGUGGUUGCAGUGAUGAUUCCGAUUCUGGUGGGGCGAGUGGAACUAUAUUUAGUAUUGGAGGCUUGACUUGGAAAUUACCUGAGGGACAAAGCAUGGAAGACUACUCGCUCUUUUGGAUUGGACAUGAUAAUGCUGCUUUUGCAAAUGUUGUGCUCACAUUCAAUGCCUGUGAAAUAGUCAGGUAUGAUGCAACUAAAAAUCAAAUGGUGACAGACUUGUCACAACAGAGGAGGAUUCUUAAACGUAGAUAUUACCUGGUGGAGAAGGCUAAGGAUGCUAAUAUUGUUGGAAUUUUGGUUGGAACACUUGGAGUUGCUGGUUAUCUGCACGUGAUUAAUCAGAUGAUGGAGCUAAUUACUUCGGCAGGCAAAAAGGCCUACACUUUGGUUAUGGGAAAACCAAACCCAGCUAAACUUGCUAACUUUCCUGAGUGUGAUGUUUUCCUAUAUGUCUCUUGUGCCCAAACUGCUUUACUGGAUAGCAAAGAGUAUCUAGCUCCAGUUAUUACUCCCUUUGAAGCAACGAUUGCUUUCAACAGGGGAAGCCAAUGGACAGGUGCCUAUGUAAUGGGAUUUGGAGAUUUAAUUAAUCUUCCUCAAGUACAGGAUGGAAACGAGGAAGAAGCACGGUUUUCAUUCUUAAAGGGUGGAUAUGUUCAAGAUUUUGAAAAUCAAGAAAAUGUUGAAGGCGAACAAGAAGAUCUUGCUUUAGCAAAUGCAACUGAGAAGGCACUGCAGUUGCGGGACAACUGUAACAUCCUAAUAAAAGGGGACGCUAAAUCAGGAGCAGAAUUUUUCGCAAAUCGAACUUAUCAAGGUCUGAGUAUACCCGACGAGAACACCACCCCACAGCCAUUUGUCAUAGGAAGGAAAGGAAGGGCAGCUGGAUACGAGGAUGAGAAUAACAAACAUUGA